UUACGAGGCCAGGUCUCGAUUCACCCAGCAGGCGGUUUGAAUUUAUCCGGUCUCGUCGAUGUAGUGGGAUAUUGGUUCCUGCAUGAUCCUCCUCAACUAGGCUGUCAUCUAUGGAGAGCUUCAGAGCUCAUAGCAGGGAAGGCUGUCAUCUAUGGAGAGCUUCAGAGCUCAUGGCAUCCCUGCUCCCAAGAAUGCAGAACGAUUAUGCGACGGUGGGCACGGUAUUCGGGAUCCUGUCUUGUUCAAGCCACCACAAGUUCAUCCACAGCUCUUCUACUCAUCAGCCCAUCGUGGCCGUCUGCUGCGUCAGCAGAGCGAUUGGCGAUUGCCCAAUUCUUGUUGCCACCUAUCGUUGAUUGUGAUUGGUUGGCGAUCUCUCUUCCUGUCGACUGCCCUGUCGCUGUGUCGCGUACUGCUCAGUUCUUGGAUAUCUACGGUGCCUGUCGUAUACUGAACCAAGGCCGCCAGGCAGGCAUCCAUCCAUAAGCAGCAUCACGACUCACGAGUGGUCGUCGUGGGGCAUUCUGUGCCGAGGUGAGAACUACAUGUGAUGUGAGCAAAGCUUGCCGCUUCCGAUUUAUCUAUCUCCGCCCGUUUAUUCCUCUCCUGUUUACGUCGCCCCCCUGGUGUCGAUGACCGGAGGUCCGAACCCACGUCCGCUUUGUCAUGGCAACGACUUCCAACCCAUGUCCGCUUUGUCAUGACGGGAUCAUGUUCGAACCUGGUUCCUGUGAUCUGGUGUGCGUGCAGACCCACGAUCACAGGAAGUUCGAACCUCAGUGGUUCUUGUGAUCGGGUAUGGGUGCAGAGUCUGCAGACCAAUCACAGGAGGUUCCAACGACGUCUUCGGUACAGAUUGACGGUUCUGGAUUGUACCGCGCAUUGUAUUAUCAGCACGAGCAUGGUCGCUUUUUCGGCUUGUUGUCGCUUCUUCUCGCGCGGAGUCCAUCCGUCCGGCCUCGAUAAGCAACAGAGGUUUGCAGGUGGUGGGUGGGUCAUACCGGCUAUGUCCGACUAGAUCAGCACCAGCUGUCCACGGGAGCGAGAUGGUUGUCGCCGACUUGCCACCCCGACAGGGCAAGCAGUUGUUGUUUGCUAGCAGUUGUAUAAUCCCCAGUGUAACGCCUGGGCCCUUCAUCAAUGAGGCAAGUUGUGUUUUCMCCCCCCCCCCCCCCCCYCCCUUUCAYCAAUGAGGCUACAAGUUGUUGUUCCAUGAUCUGAUCCAGUCGUCGGUCAUGCCGGUUGAGUUUUUCUGUUGGCGCCUGUUGACUGAGCUGAGACGACACUGGAGCGGCAGUGUGUGUGGACUCGCCGACCUCGACCUCGAAGCCGCCUUUUGCUGCUUUUCACUCCUCGCCGAGUUACCCGCGUUUGAUGGAAUCGGGGUGGAGGUCUUCCCUUGCGGUAGCUGGGCUGGUUUGUGGCCGAAUGGAAUCAUCUUAGAUUAUGGUGCACACAUGGACACUGUUAAUAAACAGAUCCGGGCUCAAAUCCUGAUGGGUUCGAUACGACGUUAGGGCUACCCGGGCCCUCCUUUGAAAGAAGGGGAACCGAAAAAAGACGCAAAGAGCGAAGGGCUGGUUACAAGUCAGACGGUAUUAUCUCCUUGCAGUCGAAGGGAUCGUUGAACAGACGGGCAACUGGAAGACAGAGGGACGGACCAUCAGGAGGGAAUGCAUGAAGAAGGAGGCAGGCGUGAUCGCCAGGUGUGGAUUCCCUGGCUUACCUUGCCAUGAUCCUGGAGGAGGGAGCGAUUGCGAUUCCGCUGAGCGGAAUCUCUUUGAGACGAUUUUCUAACGUCAGUCUUCAAAGUCAUCGAGCCGUUGGUCUUUAUUGCUGUUGGAGCAACAACAAAAUCUCAGAAACUGUAAAAAGCUUUGCGUGGAGGUAGCGUGGAGGUGGCGAUGGUGGCGUGGACGUGUGUACACACGCAGGGAAGGCGGGAAGGCGGUGAUGGAGUCAAAGAUAGGGAGGCCGCUCCGGCGUCUUCGUCGCGUUGACUUCGCUCCCGUUGGUCUCUCUGGCAGCACAUCACGGGUUUCAUCCUUCAUAAAGUUUCUUGGGAAAGGAAGAGAGAUGGCGAGCCUCUCUUCGACGAUGAAGGGUCCAAUUGAAUACGCUGCUGCUCGGCUGAUUCGGUUGGGGGGAGACUGUGUUAUAUAGCAGAAGAAAUGAAGUUUGGGGAGUUCCACUAGACAUGUGAAAUAGCAAGAGAGACCGUAGUCUGGAUCGAUCCUCGCACCGCGAUCGAGAUUUGUCCAGGGCGUCAGCGAUGCUGUCAUCAGUUGUAUGGUAUGAGAGCAGUUACCCCUUGUUAGGGCUUGACGAGUUGUUUCAACUUGAGAGAGAGAGAGAGAGAAAGAGAAGAGCCGUUCUGAUCUAAUUGGCACAGUCAUUCGGAUCUGCAAGCGUGCGGCAGAGGGUGGUGCCACAUGGCAAGAUGAUAGCUAUAAAGAGGCAGAGGGGGGGGGGGGGGGGGGGGGGGGGGGGGGGGGGGGGGGGGGGGGCGCAAAAGUGGGGGAGAAGUGCCGACCCCCCAGGCAAGGAAGAACUGUACCUGGGAAGCGGUGGUAGGGAGGAGGAGCGAACAGUGCGGGCUUCGUGUACGAUUUUGUCUGCGGACUUGAGAUUGCUAGAGACUGCGGCGAUCGCAAAUGGCGGCUUGUCAUCGCGUGAUCUUGUUGUGUCUGUGGCUGAGUCGUCUGAGUCCGCUGAGUCAGACGCGGAGAACCCACUGUGCAAUAUGUCCACAGCGUGUCACUGAGCGAGUAGAAAACGUAGGCGACCCGGCGAUUGCCUGGAGGAGCGGCAGCCGCGCUAGUCAAAAACGUUUUAGGAAUAUGGAUUUGAAGGUGAAGUUGUAGGAGUUUUGCUGCCCAUGAUGACUUCCGGGUUGAUGGGUUCCAUUCGACCCCGUUGGACAUAGCAGCAUAGAUUUGAUGCAGAGAGAAGAGAAAUUUAUAGCAAAUUUCUAGUGGAAAGCUGGAAGUAGCAUCUCUCGCCGAUUCGCCAAUCUCAAUCACAUGCGGUUGGCUGGCUGGCUGGCUGGCUGGCUGGCUGGCUGGCGUUUUCGGUCAAAUGCUGUCCGUGCUACUCCGACCAGUCUUGGGGGGCUCUUUCUUGGGGGCUUGGGACCCCCCCCGCACAAAUGGUUAGCCGUGGCCAUUUGCGAUGGCGAUGACCGCUCGGUCAAGUAGUGAGUAUUGCGAUGGCGGUGCCACCAUGUCGGUACGACAGACGUAGGAGGAAGAGAAGAGUUCGCAAUGAUGUCCGUAUGACAGAGUUGUAGGAGGACGAGCUGGUGACGGAGGUGAGAGAGAUCUUGCAUGGUGCCACGUGGCAGGUUUUCUGUCGAAGAAGGGUUUCGACAAAAUCUCGCAGCGUCUUUUUAAGU